AUCUGCAGGCUCUGUCAAGUCCCAACAUCUCAACACAUCCUCCAAAAAUAUGGAACUAUUUGUGUUUUUAAUGUGGAGUUUGAUUGCACUGAUAGAAGCUAGACCGGAGCGGGCACUGUCUGCCCUUUUAUCCUCGUCUUAUUCUUCAUCAUCAUCCAUUGAAACUUCAGUGAGAGGUGAGUGUUUGAAUGGAGGAACCUCAGUGCCCACUCUUACCACCAGGGAGCUGCUCUUCUGUCUCUGUCCUGAUGGUUUUAAAGGCAAACGCUGCGAGAUCGAUACGAGGGUCCUAUGUUACGAGGGGAGGGGCAUGUACUACAGAGGUACAGUGUCGCGGUCUGAGAGUGGGCUGCCCUGUCAGGAGUGGGACCUCGACACCAGGGUGCGCUAUAUGGCCUCAGACGUCAACAAGGGGAGACACAACUACUGCAGAAACCUCUUGUUGAAGCGUCGUCCUUGGUGCUAUGUCCGUAAAAACCAGGAGUUGGUUUGGGAAUACUGUGACAUUCCCCGCUGUGGAUUGGAUACAUAUCCAGACAAACCUGCGCCCACAAUGUCUGAACCCAAUCCAGGAGAGAGUCCCUCCUGUGGCGUUCGGACGAAGGGUAAGAUGAUGAAGAUCGUAGGUGGGAUGGUGUCGACGGUGGAGGCUCAGCCCUGGAUGGCUGCUGUGUUCUGGAGGAGUAAGACCAAAGACAGAGUGUUCAGAUGUGGAGGCAGCCUCAUCUCCCCUUGCUGGCUCCUCACUGCUGCACACUGCUUCCCCGACGGAUCUCAAACCAAACCCCGGCAUUUCUCUGUGGUUUUGGGGAAGAACGCUCUGAACAAAACUGACCUGGAGAUGGAGCAAAACUUCAGGGUGGAAGAAAUAAUCCUACAUGAAGGUUAUGACAACAGUGAAGGCAACUUUAACAAUGACAUCGCCCUGGUGAAGUUAAAGCCCAAAGGUGGUCGCUGUGCUGUGGAGAGCAAAUCAGUGAAGUCUGUGUGUCUUCCUCCAACAAACCAGAGUCUGCAGACUGGACUCAACUGUGAGAUCUCUGGAUAUGGCAAAGAGAAACAUGGUUUAUGGUAUCGGUCCCAAGUCUUGCGUGAGGCCGAGGUCCAGGUUUUGUCCGAUGAGACCUGUCGCCGUGACGACCACUAUGGAGAUAUGAUCACCAGGAACAUGUUCUGCGCAGGACGUCCCGACUGGAGCCAGGACGCAUGUGAGGGGGACUCUGGAGGCCCUCUGGUCUGUGAGGUGGGGGGCAGGUUGUUCCUGUUUGGGAUCAUCAGUUGGGGCGAUGGCUGUGCUCAGGAAAACCGACCCGGAGUCUACACCAGAGUCUCCAACUACAACGAGUGGAUUCAGAACAAGACAGGGCUCCCCUUUGUCAAUCCUGGACCCUUGUUCCCGAUUAAAUGAACAUUACAACGGGACAUAACUAAUGAUGACUGAUGCAUAUUUUCUGCAUAUUGUGUCAUUUUGACCAAAUUAAAGCUGUUCUGUUGUAGGGUUGUGAAAAGUAUCGAAAAUCUGACAAGAAUCGAUACUAGUAUCGAAACUAAAUACUAAUUUGAGCAGAUAUCGAUAUUAAAAAAAGUCACAUUCACAGAACAGACAUGAACUUUCCUGGAUAGCUUUAGAAUGAUCUUAAGCUGUAUCAGUAUAAGACACAUAGACUAGUGUACACCUAUGUACAACUGAGGGAUUACACAGAUAUAAGGCCAAAUAGGAAUGUAAAGAAUAUACUGAUAUUUAAUGUGGAAAAUCACAUUCUCUGCAUAAAGAGUGUUUUUUAUUAUCAUUGUUAUAUUGGUACUAAAUCUAUUUCUUAGUAUCGAAAUUCAGUUUGAAACUUUAGUAUCAUGACCACACUAUUCUCUAGUAAUGGGUGUGUUUAACUUAAAUGUCUUCACUACUUACUUUAGAGUAGAAUAUAGGAAAAGUAGAAAAGUCCUGAUAUUGUGUCAGUUGCACUAAGCUUAAUUUUAACUGCUGUAUUUUU